UGUAUGUUGUGACGUUAAUUUACGCCAUAUUUUUACAUUAUAAUAUAAUUGGCAGAAUUAAAAAAUUAUGUUACACGUGAGUGAAAAUUGCAUUAACCCAGGUAGAAAACAAUGCGGGAACCGAUCACUCGCUCACUCACUGAGUCACUGACUCAACCAUCAAACACAAACUCACAACACGACGCAAACGGAUCUGAACUCUAACCCUUUCUGCCUGCAUCUACUUUCUCAAACGUUAAACUCGUCAGAACAAUCCAGACCCUUGAAAACAUGAGCCGCAAGAGGGACAAACCCUACCCCUCCCACCACGUGCCCGCGCGCGUUUCUAAACGGCGUCGCCCUUUCGUCAGGCCUCCUCAACUGGCCGCCGAUGAUGACCUCCCCGACAAGCCAGUCGCUAAACCCCCGCCGCCGCCAGGUUUGGUCAUCAUGGGGCUACCUCAUGACUGCUCCGUCCUGGAUUUGAAGUCGCGGUUUGAGAUCUACGGCUCCAUCUCACGCAUCCGCAUCGACGGCGAUGGUGUCGGAUGCAUCGCGUACCGCACCAAGGAUUCCGCCGAGGCUGCCAUUGCUGCUGCUCUCGACCCCUCCUUCGGCAUCACCAUCGACUCCAAGAAGGUGAAGGUGAUGUGGGCGACGGAUCCACUUGCCCAUUGGAGGGAAGGAGUCGUGGGUGGUGGUGGUGGUGGUGGUGACAAGGACAAAACGACGUCGUCUUCGUCGAAGUUGUUGCGAGGUGAGAUGCCACUGAGCAAGCACGGGAGAAGUAAUAAGCUAGCUUCCGCCAUUGUUAACCCGAGAAGUAGCAACGAGGUUCGCCCAAUGGUGGAUAGGCCAUUCAAAGGCAGAGAGAUAGUUGCUUAUGAUGAUAUUCUGUAGUGGAAUUUCGUUGGUUUUUUUUUUUUUUUUUUUUUUUUUUUAAAGUAAUGGUCUGG